AUGAGCAUGGACGCUGGCGGUCUUGCUCAAAUGUCCUACAACAACUUCCAGUCCCAGGGCUUCGGCAACCCGACCUCGAGCUUCGCGUCUCGCGGCAAGGGUGCUGCCCUGAAGCGUCUCAGCGUCGCCUCCCCGCCCAAGGUCGCCUCGAUCGCCGAAAACGAGGUUCAGACUCCUCGCACCAGCCGCUCCCACCUCCUGGCCGGUCUCCGCACUGCGCCCAAGACGCCCUCGUCUGCCCAGCCCCCUGCAUCUGCGCCCCACACCCAGCGCCAGUACAACAUCGGCGGAAACCAGACCAACCGUCUCUCCAGGAACUUUGCACAGAACGGUCCCCAGACUGCCGUUGGUUCCGGCUUCGGUGGCGUCAACCAGUACCAGCAGCAGCAGCACAUGCUCUACGACCAGGUUCUGGCUCCUCCCACUAUGCAAUACGAUGAUGGCGAGAUGGAUCCCGCCGUCGCCGCUCAGCUCCUCGCUACCGAGGCUUAUCUUGCUCAGAGACAGCAGCAGCUCCAGCAGCAGCUCCUUGCUCUGACUGCUCAGCAGUUCGGCAACAUGAACCUCAACGGCAUGCGUCAGCAGCAGUUCCCUGUCACUCCCCUGACCAACGCCUAUGGCCAGCAGUUCCAGCAGAGCGCCCCGGCUGUUCAGGAGACUGCCCAGCCCGGCGUCUACCUCGUAUUCAACCAAUUGACCGGUCAGUACCAGUAUGUCAUCGACCCGGCCUACCAGCAGGACAGCAUGUCGCACUCCCCACCGCCGCCAACUCCCGGGUUCGCUCCUUCGCCUCCCAAGGUCGACACUCCUGUCCUUCACGUCUCCCCGCCCAACGAGAUCAAUCCCAGCCCGUGGGCACGCAGCACAUCGCCUCCCAAGAAGUCUUUGACCCCACCCCAGGACGUUGUUCCUCUUCCCCCACCAUCCGCGAACGCUUUCCGUCGUGGCCACAAGAAGCAGCCUUCGUCGCUUGCGCUUGACUCCAGCGCUGAGAUGCCUGCGGGUCCCAAGUCCGCCUUCGUUCGCUCCGUCGGCUUCCCAGCUACCCCCAUGACCGGCACAUUUGGCCCUGGUCAAGCACGUGCAGGAGAGCACCCUAUCCGCCAGCCCCGCGGCCCGCCCUCAAUUGAGGAGCUCAAGGCUAGCCCCACCUCUAAGCACGAGGGUAGCAAGAACUUCGCUGCUCGCCAGCGUCGGCAGGCAAUCAGCAAUCUCGUCCGUGCCGGAAUCGGCCGCCGAGGUCAGCGCAACGGCAGCGGCAGCUCGUCUCCUGCCAGUGAGAACUUCCCCUCGUCCGACAACGACUCCGACAGCGUACGCAGCGGUGGCAGCGGUAGUCUUUCCGGCAGGCCCAGCAUCGGCAGCCUUCGUGCUGUUGCCAACGGCGCUAUUGGCUCGGAGCGCCAGGCCUCGAAGGAGCGCUCCCGUGGGACCUCAAUCGAGCGCUCAUACACUGGUUCAAGUGUGAGCAGCGAGGAGGGCUUUGUCGAUGUUCGACCCAGUCUCGGUCAGCGCCGCUCGACACCAAAGCUCAUCUUCACCAGCGCUGAGAAGCGCAAGAGCACCAUGUUUUAG